AUGGAUUUGAAUGAGUCUGGAAGUACUAUUAAAAGCAGUGAGGAUGGCCACGAUUGCCGAGGGUGUUCUCGAGCGAACUCUAGUGAAAGCAAUGGUAAGAUGGUGGCAUGCGAUACAUGUUCCGGAUGGUGGCAUCUCUCAUGUGCCGGUGUAUCUCCUGGUGUUGCCAAACGUCCGUGGGAGUGCAAUGACUGUAUCCAGUUGAAGAGUCUUCCAGUGACCGUGACCAAGCUGACCCUAGCGAAUACUAACGGCACGAAGAAAAAGGAAGCGAAGAAAGAAGUAAAAAAAGCUAAACCCGAUCCUUGUAACACAAUUGUCAAAGUACCUGGAGCGACAAAGGUAAGAACUGCUGGUGGCUUUUCGAGACUGAAACCAUCAAGCGAGUCAAGUUCUGCCGCUGAAUCUAUGACAUCCGAAUAUGUUAAGGGUAACGAAAACAAAGCGGAAAAGCUGAAGGACAUUCUGUCCCCUUCGAGCGAUAAAACCGUCAAACAAGUACCAAACAGCGAACAACAAACCUUGAGCAAAGCUAAAUCGAUAAAAUCCACCACUUCAUCUUGUGCUCGGAUGCAACUCAAACUUCUCCAGGAAGAGAAACAGCUGGAAGAUUUAAAGUUGAUGGAAAAGCGGCGUAUCUUGGAGGAGGAAAAAGUAUUUCGCGAAAAGGAGCAUAAACUACGAGCCGAAGAACUGAGGAUUCAAGAACAGUUCUUAAAGAAGAAACGAGAGCUAGAAGAGUUAGUUGAUAGUGAAAAUUCUUUGAGUUCCGUAUCCGUAUCCUGUAAAAGCAAAUUGGCCGAAGAAUGGAUCAACAAACAACGAGAAUCUUAUAAUUCUGUUCCAGAAAUUACAGAAGAAUUAGAAGGCGAAUCGGAUAAUGAGAGUAUGGGCAACGAUUUCGACUUGCGCGACAACAAUCGUAGCCAUCAGUAUAACCAAUCGUUAGUAGCAAGAAAUACGAAUACACCCAAGCCUGAGAAGUCUUCAAGGCUGACGUUCGAACAAUCUGCAGCUAGACAAAUAUGGCCAAAAACACUUCCAACGUUUUCUGGUAGUCCCGAGGAGUGGCCUAUCUUUUUGAAUAGCUUCGAGGAUGCCAAUAGAGCAUGUGGAUUCUCGAAUGUAGAGAAUUUGAUGCGGCUGAGGGAAAGCUUGCGCGGAGCUGCCAAAGAAGCAGUAGCUACUAAACUUAUGUUCCCGGAAAGCGUCCCUACUAUUAUGGAAACAUUACGGCGGAUGUACGGACGGCCAGAAAUUAUUGUGAAAACGAUGCUCCAAAAGGUACGAAGAUUGGAAGCACCGAAACCAGAUCGCUUAGAUAGCUUGAUACGUUUCGGAAUGUCAGUUGAACAGCUUUGUGACCAUUUGAAUGCGGCGAACCUCCGAAAUCACUUCUCGAAUCCGACUCUUUUAGAAGAACUGGUGGAAAAGCUACCUUCCUCGAACCAGUUAGAAUGGGUACGCUUUAAACGAAAUUUUGAUGAUCCUACGUUGUUGGAAUUUGGACAAUUCAUGAAACAACUUGUUAUUGAUGCGAGUGAAGUAAUCACCGUCACUCCUCCGAAGCCAGAUAAUAGAAGUGAAAGAAUAAAACCUAGAGAAAAAGGUCAUUUGAAUGCGCACAUUCAGGUGCCUGAAGAAAUACGAUCACGACAUGUGGAAAAGAAGCCCUGUCUAGUCUGUGGGAUGACUAAUCAUCGUUUGCGCAACUGCGAUAAGUUUAAAAAUCUAAAUCUGGAAUCGCGAUUAAAGGUAGUCGAGCAAUGGAAGUUGUGUGAAACUUGUCUAUACGACCAUGGAAAAUGGAAAUGUCGGUCGAGGUAUUAUUGUACAGUUGAAAAUUGCAGAAGAAGACAUCAUUACCUCCUUCAUCCAGAAAAUUCUGCUGGAACAGCGACUACUGCCUAUUGCAAUACCCAUAGAGAUGUCGAUUCGUCAGUCUUAUUGAGAAUAAUCCCCAUUUUCUUACGCAACGAAGAACGAGUAGUCGAAACGUUCGGGUUUAUCGAUGAAGGUUCAUCUCUAACCUUGAUGGAUUCAGAGCUAGCAGACUUCCUUAAAUUGGAUGGGUCAUCCGAACCAUUGCAAUUAAGAUGGACCUCAAGCAUCGUUCGCAAUGAAGAUUGUUCGAAGCGAGUUAAAGUAGCCAUUGCAGGAAGAGAAUUGUCAAAUCAAUACCAAUUCAUUAUAGCUCGUACAAUUGCGAAUCUUGACUUACCAGAGCAAAGUUUAUCGUAUGAAAAUCUGAUCGACAAGUACUUUCACUUACGAAAUAUCGACGUGUCCUCGUAUGCAACUGCAAAACCACGCAUUCUUAUUGGGUUAGAUAAUUUGGAAAUGUUCGCACCAUUGGAAAGUCGCAUAGGUCAUCGUGGGCAACCAAUCGCUGUUAGAUCGCUACUAGGCUGGUCAGUUUAUGGCCCCGUUAGCUCGCACUCGCAACGCAGUGGCGAGCUGAAUGUUCACUCAUGUAAUUGUAGCGCAGAUGUCGAACUAACAGACAUAGUACGACAACAAUUUGUCCUGGAAGAAAAUAUGAUGUUUACCGGCCAACUUCCCCAGUCAAAAGAUGCUAAACGCGCUCUUGAAAUCCUAGAUAAGGCGACUAAUUUUAAAAACGGAAGGUAUGAAACAGGACUUCUGUGGAAGAACGAUCAAGUAAGUUUUCCCGACAGUCGACAAAUGGCUAUGAACCGUCUGAAAGGGUUUGAAGGAAAGCUAGCAAAAAACCCAGAGCUUCGAAAUAACGUCAAUGAACAAAUUCUGGAGUAUAUCCGAAAAGGAUACGCCCAUAAGACAACGGAACUUGAGCUGAUGGAGGCAUCGCCAGAACGUGUUUGGUAUUUGCCACUGAACAUUGUCAGCAACGCGAAGAAACCAAACAAGAAAAGAUUGGUUUGGGAUGCGGCAGCAACGGCUAACGGAGUUUCUUUGAACUCGGCUCUUCUGAAGGGCCCAGAUCUUCUAAUCAAUUUGCCAUCUGUAAUCUACAAAUUUAGAGAGAAAAUCGUAGGAUUCGGAGGCGAUGUGAAAGAAAUGUUUCACCAAAUUCGUAUUAAACCCGAGGACAAACAAGCACAACGUUUUCUAUUCCGAUUCAAUCCCGAACAUCCACCUGAUGUUUAUACCAUGGACGUUAUGAUUUUUGGCGCUGCCUGCUCGCCAUGCACAGCUCUAUAUAUAAUGCAACUGAACGCCGAUGAAUGUCAAGAUGAUUAUCCCGAGGCAACUAAUGCAAUUAGGAAUAAAAUAUAUAUGGAUGACUAUUUCGAUAGCGCGGACACGCCUGAAAAAGCAGCGAACACAGCAGAGCAAGUUAAAUUAGCUCUGAAGCGAGCAGGCUUUGAAAUGAAGAAUUGGGUGAGUAAUGACCGAAACGUCCUAUCGAAGCUGGGUGAAAAUGUUACACCAGAAUCGAUUCCUCUACCGAAUGACGAAGUUGGCCACUCUGAGCGAGUUUUGGGUAUGACGUGGGACCCAUUGAAAGACAAGUUUUCGUUCCCCAUCCAAUUCAACGGUGACUUGGUUCGUUAUAUCGAAAGUGGUGAAAGACCGACUAAAAGAAUAGCCCUUCGUUGCCUUAUGAGCCUUUUCGAUCCUCUGGGAUUACUUUCCCCAUACAUGAUACACGGGAAAAUAAUUAUACAAGACCUCUGGCGAAGCGGCGUUCAGUGGGAUGAACAAAUGCGCGAUGCGGAAUACGAAAAGUGGAUUCGAUGGACUCAUCUUCUUAGAAAAGUAGCUGAGCUUCAAAUUCCACGUCAUUACUUUGAUGGAAUAGCAAUCAACGACACAAUUCAGCUACAUAUUUUUACGGACGCCAGUGAGUACGGCUACGGCUGUGCUGCUUAUUUCCGGAUUUCUAAUGGAAUUAGAGUCGCGGUAAACCUAGUGCGUGGAGUUUCCAAAGUAGCCCCAUUAAAACAUCUGUCUAUCCCUCGAAUGGAACUCCAAGCAGCAGUAUGCGGUGCUCGUUUGAUGUCUAACAUUUGUGAUGGACACUCUAUCGAGAUAAAAGAGAGAUUCAUCUGGACAGACUCAACCACUGUGCUAAGCUGGAUAAAGGCAGAUCAACGAAAGUAUAAACAGUUUGUUGCUGUGCGUAUCGGGCUGAUACUUUCGUUUUCUGAACCGGAAUGUUGGCGUUGGGUACCGACCAGAGAAAAUAUUGCCGAUUGCUUAACUAAAUGGGGCAAAGAUACAGAACCGGAAUCAAAUGGACGCUGGUUUACAGGUCCUUCAUUCUUGUACGAGAAUCCGGAGGCUUGGCCGAAACAACGAAGUCAUCGGAAUGACCCAACGGAAGAACGAAAGGCCCAUAUUCUCCUACAUCUUCCGCAGUUCUCCUCAAACUUGAUCGAUCCUUCUAGAAUCUCUAAAUGGAAUGUUUUAGUGCGAACCAUAGCAACCGUCUUCCGAUUCAUUUCAAAUUGUCAACGGAGAGUGAAAGGUUUGCCAAUCGAAUCCGUUUUGACUGAAGACAAAAUGAAAAAAUUCAUCAAACGAUUCAUUCCCUCAAUUGUUGUACCGUUGAAACAAACCGAGUACAGUCGAGCAGAAACUGUAUUGUGGCGUAUGGUCCAAGAGGAUUCCUAUCCAGACGAAGUUAAAAUUCUUACGAAGAACCGUAAACUGCCGAUGGUAAAGUGGAAGAGAUUAGAAAAAUCUAGUCCUCUCUAUAAAUUCUGCCCUUUUUCCGACGAGUAUGGAGUGAUUAGAGUCGAGGGAAGAACAGCUAAUGCCAAAUAUGCCUGCUUCGAUGCACGUUUUCCCAUUAUUCUGGAUCGGAGUCACAUCAUCACACAACGACUAUUGGAACAUCAUCAUUCAACCUUUGGCCAUGGUAACAGAGAGACCAUAUUCAAUGAGAUUCGUCAGCGGUUCGAAAUUAAUACUUUCACCAAUGCAAAAACUAGCUGGCAUUUCAAUCCUCCUGCUACUCCCCAUAUGGGGGGAGUUUGGGAGCGGAUGGUCCGUAGUGUAAAAUCUGGUUUGGAAGCACUCGACGAUGGAAGAAAAUUGAAUGACGAAAUGCUAAUAACAGCUUUAGCCGAAACGGAAGCGUUGAUUAAUUCUCGACCGCUCACUUAUAUGCCUCAGGAUUCCAACGAAGCACUUACACCGAAUCACUUCAUUCGAGGAGUCUCCUCGGAAGACCAUGAUCCUCAACGUGAUUCAAUCUGCCUGGGAGAGGCCCUGAGAAGCAGUUAUUUGAGAUCCCUGUACCUUGCGAACGCAGCAUGGGCUCGUUGGUUGAAAGAGUAUUUCCCUGCGCUCAACAGACGUCCUAAAUGGUUCGAAGAAGCUAACCCUAUAAAUAUCGGAGACUUAGUUUAUUUAGCUGAAGGCCCUAGGAGGACAUGGGUGCGAGGAAGAAUAAUAGAAUUACUCCCGAAUCGUGAUGGAAGGAUACGAAGAGUGGUUGUGCAAACAGCAUCAGGAAAGCUGAAAAGGGCGGUAGCAAACUUGGCGGUGAUGGAGAUAAAAGAUAGUGAACCUGGUUCGCACCAGGACGAAUUGGAACCUGCUUCACGGGGUGGAGGAUGUUCUGGCACCACUGCAGCCGAUGAUCGUACCUGA